AUGGCUGAUUUUGAGCCUCGUUUCUCAUUGCUGAAGGUCCUUGGUGGCUGGGGCAUAACGAGCAGUGGCCCUGGUUUAUUCAUGAUGCGGAGCAUGAUAUCGGGCACAUCAACCGCUGCAGUCAUUGGGGUGAUUAGUGCGAUGGCAGGCAGCGUCAUUUGGGGCAUAGACGCCGUACCCUUCAUGGCCGGGUCUAGCAUAGGGUUCGCCAUCGGCAGCUUCAGGUGGUAUCACGUCUCGCUUGUCGAGGCGCUGGUGCAGCUGAGGAAGCACCCAGCCCUGCUACGAUUGCACAUUACCUCCAACUUUCCUUGGGUUGCGCAGCUUCAUGCCCAUUAUGUCGGAUGGCUCACUGCUGACAGGUUCACGUCGUCGUGGGUGCUUAGCAUGCUGGUCGUGGGCUGGCUGUCGGCCGAGCCUGCAUUGCUGGAGAUCAGGGACCGCCACGAGGCUAUGCUCGUUGAUCAUUACAUCGCGCUCGGGAUGGGAAAAGUUGAUUUCAGAGCAGAAAGACUCGAAGAGAAAGGUGAGGCCUUCGCUGAGGGGCUCAAUAUUCUUCUUCAGGAAAUCGACAGGCUAAACUUUGAGGAGCGCUACGGCUACAUCCCGGACCUUUAUCAAGUCGAUCUUCUCGAGAAUGUAAUUCUGCAGCCAAAGAUGGGUGAAGUCAACCUCGGGAGAGUCUACGUUCUUGUCAAAUUCGUCACGGCUCUGAUGGCCGAGCUCGGCGACGACCCAUUGCCUCAUUACGGCAGGACUGUCUGCCCUGUCGUAGGGCCUGCCGUCGCCAGUCAACGGAGACAUCGGGUCCACUGUUACAGGAUCGAACACGGUUUGCUCGGUGAUCAUCUCAUCCUCAACGUCGAAGGCGGUCCAUCGCUGAUGCCUUGUAUAUGUGCGGUUGCCCUCGUUAUCGAUGAAGCAGCCGAUCUGCUCGCAAAACACCACGCUGGUGGCAACAGUGCUGAGCCGCUCGUCGUGUACCAACUAUCCGAGAUUGAAACGACUAUUACGGCCGAGAAGGACGCUACCUCCAGUGCAUCGUAUGCCGACAUCGUCAAGACGCCCGGUAAUAGGCACCGCCUAUUUAUCUCCCUUACGCUGGGUUUCUUUGCGCAGUGGGUCGGCAAUGGCGUUGUGUCGUAUUAUCUGCCCCUUGUGCUCGACUCGGUAGGCGUUAAGACGGUCACCGAGCAGACCCUAAUCUUGGCGUGUCUUAACGUCUGGAACCUCGGCUGGGCUGUCGCCGCCGCCAUGGACGUUGAUCGCCUGGGCCGCCGCUUCUUGUUCAUGAGCUCUGGGGUCACUAUGCUGACGAGUUUCAUUAUCGUGACAGGCCUCGGCGGCGCAUUUGCGAGCUCCGCAUCUUCGUCCGUUGGCAUGGCUGUUAUUCCAUUCCUGUUCUUGUUCUUCGCCGGUUACGAUAUUGUCCUAACCCCUUUCCUCACGGCGUAUCCAUGCGAGAUUUGGCAGUUCAGCCUGCGCUCGCGUGGCCUCACCGUGGCUUGGUGCACAGCUGUGGCGUCCAUCUUCCUCAACACGUUCGUUAAUGCGAUCGCCCUGGACGCUGUUGGCUGGAAAUACUACUUUGUCUUCAUCGUCGUGCUAUCGCUCAUCAUUGUCACCGUCUUCUUCGGGUACCCUGAGACGCGAGGAUACACUCUCGAGCAAAUGGCCAUAGGCUUUGAUGGGGCUGAUGCGCCAGUCAACUCCUCAGAUCUGAUGGAAAAGAACGCGGCGGUAAGCCACAUUGCUGAUGCGGACCAACAAGACUCUGCCGAGCACAAUAAGGCGUAA